AUGGAGGGCAAACAGCUUGCUCCAGAUUUCGUUGGUGCUACAGAAGUCAAUGGCCGCCGAGCACAGUCGCACUUUGUCGUGUUCCUGACUGGGUUUACCAACCCUGGGAUUGUGGCACGAUACGAUUUCGAUGAACCAGGUGAAGACAAAUGUUGGAGCAUUUACCGGUCAACAAUAAUGGAAAGGCUGGUACCGGAUGAGUUCAGCGCUGAGCAAGUCUGGCAGCUGUCACUGCCUGUGGUCCGCAUGUCCAAUCACCGUUUGGGACUACGACGGCUGCCUCUGCCUCAUAUACGGGCUCAGCUUCAUAUGACCGAACGAUAUUAUAACCACCGCCCCCACCUAGUCCUCCCCCACCCACCCAGUUCAACGUGGACCUCCGACCUGCAGAGCGGAGAUGUCUCGGGAGUCUCAAUUCAACAGCAAGGCUCAUUCUUUGGCUUCAGUAUAGAGUUUGGUGUUACGACACAAGUCCUCGGGCUGAACAGUUCUUUCCUCCAAGUCCCGUUUCUCAACCUUAUGGCCAACCUGCGACAACGCGGGGGCAGCGUUAGGGUUCGUGUCGGUGGUAAUACUCAAGAGACCGCUACCCUAGUGGCCAGUACCCCGGACGGUGCAGCUCUCGAGAAGGACUACGCAGGCAUAGCCAACCCCACGGCAACGCUGCCCCUUGUCUUCACAACUGAGAUCAUCAAAAUGAUGGCCGAGAUAUCUGCACUCACUAAUGUCUAUUGGUACAUGGGUGUGCCGUUCAAUGACACUCAGCAUUGGCGCUUGCAGAUCGCUGAAGUCGGAGAGGCGAUGCUCGGAAAUUAUCUGAUUGGUCUACAGGGCGGCAAUGAACCUGAUCUUUACUCAAGGCACGGUCAUCGGCCGGAUGUAAGCCCUCAGGAUUACAAGGAUGAAUUCGGUCUUCUCAUCGACGCAAUGAACGCAGACUCUAAUAUCCCCAACAAAGAUCUGCUCAUUGGCCCCAAUCUGGCUGGCAUGUGGAGCCCAACGGAUAUCUGGGAAACCGGGUUCGCCACAGACUUCAACCAAAACCUUGCUGCGCUGGGUGUUGAAAGGUAUCCCACCGAUAAUUGUUAUGCCCAGUUCGGCAUAGGAACUCCACGCACUGGCCCAGAGAUGUUGCCGACCUUCCUGACACACCAAGCCGGAAAGACCAUUGUUCCCUGGUUAAGCGACAGCUUCAGGGCCGCCCUGUGGGGAAUCGACUAUGCUCUCCAACUAGCAUACAGCAAUUUCUCAACUGUUCUUUUCCAUGUUGGUGGACAGAGCGUGUAUUACAAUCCCUUUACACGUUCGUAUUAA